CUUGUUGAGCUCAAGUAGCGUAGACACCAGCACCGGCAUGACGUACACGGCAACCACGACCAUGGCAGCUGACGUCACGGGAAGCUCCAUCACGUCAACGGGUCACGCCGACGACACCAGCACGACUACGGUUACCACAGCCGCUAGUACUGGCACCCACUCUGUUUCUGAAACUUCAUCGACAUCGCCUGCAAGCACACAGACUGCGGACACCACAACCAUUGGCAUAACCUUCCACAGCACCACUUCCUCCACAGAAAACACCACCACAGCAUCGUCAGAGUCUACGGUGCGUCACAUGGACACCACGGAAGCCACGUCGUCGUCGGGCACCAGUCCCACCAUCUUGUCCAGCACGGCUUUAGGCACUGGCUCCACAGCGCCCUCUGACACCACCGGCACCAGCCUGACCACCAUGCCGUCCAGCACAGCGACUCAAACACCCGACAUUAUGACCUCCUCCUCGACUGCAGCAGUGGAGAACAUCGUUCGUAUCAACUACACCCUGGGUGGCUACAACUGGACAGAGGAACUCGGGAACAACAGCUCGCUAGAGUACGAGCGCCUUAGAAACUGGACAGUGGACUGGCUGAAGAAAACCUUUCCUUCACUGAUGGUGAAAAGCGUAAAAUUCAGACAGGGUAGCGUCAUCACUGAGGUAGAAGGUGUCGUCAGCUCUACCGUCAACACCACCCAGAUAGACGACAUGUUGAUGGCAGAAGCCCAAGGGGUACUUGACGUCAACGGACAGAACGUUACAGUCUACAACAUCACUUCCGUUUCUUUGGCUUCUGAGACAUCAGGCACCGCAGGUAUCCUUACCACCUCCUCCGCUCUUCUAACGACUACUGCGGGUACUGCAGUGCCAGAGAGCCCCACGACAUCCCAUGCGACUUCGUCCGUGACCUCCGUCUCGCAGGAGUCCAGCAGCUCAUCGCCGCUGACUUCGCCUACACAGACUGCGGACACCACAACCAUCGGCAUAACCUUCCACAGCACCACUUCUUCCACAGAAAACACCACCACAGCAUCGUCAGAGUCUACGGUGCGUCACAUGGACACCACGGAAGCCACCUCGUCGGGCACCAGUCCCACCAUCUUGGCGUCCAGCACAGCGACUCAGACACCCGACAUUAUGACCUCCACCUCGACUGCAGCAGUGGAGAACGUCGUUCGGAUCCAGUACACCCUGGGUGGCUACAACUGGACAGCAGAUCUCGGGGACAACAGGUCGCUAGAGUACGAGCGCCUUAGAAACUGGACAGUGGACUGGCUGAAGAAAACCUUUCCUUCACUGAUGGUGAAAAGCAUAAAAUUCAGACAGGGUAGCGUCAUCACUGAGGUAGAAGGUGUCGUCAACUCUACCGUCAACACCACCCAGAUAGACGACAUGUUGAUGGCAGCAGCCCAAGGGGAGGUACUUGACGUCAACGGACAGACCGUUACACUCAUCAACAUCUCUUCCGUUUCUUUGGCUUCUGAGACAUCUACCACCGCAGGUAUCCUUACCACCUCCUCCAUUCUUCUAACCACGACUGCGGGUACUGCAGUGCCAGAGAGCCCCACGACACCCCAUACUACUUCGUCCGUGACCUCCGUCUCGCAGGAGUCCAGCACCGCAUCGCCGCUGACGACGGGGUCACCAAGGGCACCGAGUGACACUACCGAGAGCACCGGGUCUGUCACGAGCAGCCACACCACCUCCACUGUCAGCACCUGGUCUAGUACAGACCACGUGACGCAGGUCACAACAGGUAGCAUGACAUCAGGAACGUCACCGGUAGGGGUAGGUGAUGUCACGACCCCAGUGAGCCAGAACGUGACAACCUCCAACACGGUGCCGUAUGUCACAACCCAAGCUGUGACCGGCGAUGUGAACCAGAGCACCACGGAGGUCGUGACUACAGGAAGUUCCACGCCAGUGGUUCCCGUGUCCAUCUUCUCCGUGACAACGGCCGGAGGCGAGAACGCCACGAUGCAGACUGUAACUCCGACAACUUCGCUUACGUCUGAAGCCACCACGGCGGAAAGCAGCACAGUCGUAGUGACAACAGCAAACGUCACCGGCCUUGUCACUGAACAGAGUACUACGUCUUCCACAACCGAAAACGUCACUCAGACGGCCGCGCCCGUCUUUCCUGUGACUGGCAUCGUCGUCACUGGGAAUGAGUCCAGCACGGUCAGCACCACCAUAUCAACCGUCAGUAUGACGUCACUGGGUUCGACUUCUGGCAGUACAGACAGUACAACGCUACCACCUGUGACAGACAACUCUACCAUGUCUCUUGUGGACACCACAACCGCGGCCCUUGUAGGAAAUGUUACCUCUCCCGUCUUCAUAGUAAGUGUUACGUCUACCACACCGGUGCAAAACGCCACUACAACGGAAUACGUCACACAAACAAUAACAACUCAGAACGCGACCACUGGCUCAGUGGUCUUAGCAAACGUCACAAGCACAGUUUCAACUGAAAGCUCUACGUCUUUCACAAGUCAAAGUCCAACAUCAGCGCCAACUUCUACAAUGUCACUCACAAGCCAGAACGUGACAACGAUGUCCACAACGGAAAAUGUAACAGAACUGUUUACAACAACAAGCUGGUCCAGUACAACAGAGCAGUCUACAGCGUCACCCACGACACAUAAUGUAACAGAAUUUAUCACAACGGAAAACACAACGGCAGGAUUUUUCCCAUCUCAAAGUAGCACUGCAACCUCUACAGCCGAGAACUCCACUCUACCUACUACUCCUACGAGUACAAAUGUCACUGGCCCUGUCGCGGCUGAAAAUACCACGUAUUUUACAACUGAAAACGUCACACAGCCCACCUCAACUGCAACCAGUCUGCAGCCAGUGACCGAAAGUAACGUCACGUAUCCUAAUACAACCGAGAACGUCACACAGUUGGUCACCAGUGGCAGUACCAGUCCUCAAGAAUCAACAACCGUAGUGAGCGACUCUACGAGUGGAAACGUCACUACACCUAGCACCACUGAAAACGUCACACAGCUGGUCACUAGUGGCAGCACCAGUCCACUAGAGUCGACGACCUUAAUGAACGACUCUACGAGCGAAAACGUCACGUCCUCCGCUCCAGAAAGCACGUCACUGCCUUCCGCUUCUCCGAUCGCGACAACUGAGGCCACCACGACUAUCUACGGCACUUUUUCCAUCAUAGAGGGCGCUAACUGGACCGACGCCCUCGGUAACGAAACCAGCGAGGAGGCUACAAGUCUACGAGAGAACGUCACAAACAUGCUAGUCACCUUGUACAAGGCUAGCCGGCUGGCUGCGCUGUUCAGGGGAGUUAAUGACGUGCGCUUCAAGAAGGGCAGCAUCGUGGUGAUGUAUACCGCAAUCUUCAGUACCUCGGUCCCACCUGACAACGUGACGUCAGUCUUCCUCAACGGCCUGCAGAACAAAAAGCUGGGGGACGUGUACGUGGUGGAGCCCAGCUCUGUACAACACAAUAGUGCUGCGACCGCCGGGGCGAGUGAAGGUCAGGUCGUCCCCGACUGGGGCAUCGCCGUCAUCGUCUGCGGCGGCUGCAUUCUCAUCUUCUUAUUUAUCAUGCUCGCGUUCCUCUGCUGUCGUCGACAGACGCGGCAAAAGUACAACCUGACCGAUGACCCCGAAUACAUCGGGUAUCGCCGCAGCUGGGGCUACUCGUCUAGCUCCGACUUCCCCGCCUACGACAACCAAACCUACGACAACGCCUUCGACAAACCUGACAGGAACGGAAAGCACUCCAUGCAGGACCGGCCCAGCGGUGCCACCAACGGAACCGGAAGUAGACGACCACCGGUGACGACAGAGCUGAACAGCUCGGCAAUGUGCACCCCCAAGCUACAGGACAGGAACAAGUCAGGAGCAUCAACCUCAUCGUCUGCAGCAGCAACUUCCAAGGGCGACAACUUAUUGACAUUUUACGACAUCGACCAGGACGUCUGGGAGACGCGACUGUGAGUGGUAGCCGUGAUGACGUCAGUGUUUAGUGUAUGACGACAUUGUUUAGGGCUACACGAGGAGCGACGUCAGUGCUUAGCGUAAUGAGCUAAUCCUUUCCUUGGAAACAUUCCGUUUAUCGCCCUCGUGACGUCACUAUAACAUUGAAGAGGCUGAACUGUGCUGCACGUGAGGGCCAACUGUAGCCUCCCUGUGACGUCACGGCAGGAUGUGGUCAGACACUUAAGUGCAAAAUACGUUCUACGUCGUGUGUGGCAACAGUUAAGAAAAAAAGUCUCUGAAGGCGACAGGCGUUGUGACGUCACUAAUAUGUGUGUUUGCGUAAGUAAAAAGACACUCACGUCACGUGGGAAACAAGUGUUUCGCGCUCUGUGGUUGGUGCAGAUCUGCUCUUCUUUCGUCUGACAGUGAAGUUUCGAUGCACGUGUCAACUUUGUCCAUCCAUCCUAUUGCCAAGUGACUGUAAACAAAACUCUACUUCAUGUGCUCGGCAACGAACACGUGUCGGUAUUUUGCUUUUGAACUUGUCUUGCCAAACAGAUUUUGUGUUUCUUUGUAAUUUUACAUAUUGUUUGUUUAGUUUGGUGUUGGUUUGUGUUUCAUUCUUCUUUUAUCUCUUCCCUCGUUAUAUUUUCACAUAGAGGCAGUCGCCUUGUCUUGAGAAUCGCUUUAAAAAUAAUUUCGUGUAUUUUUGGGUGGGUAGGGAGUUUACUGUCUGCUCACUGUAUAUAAAAUUCGCUGUAUCGUGCAUACACUAUCUUCAGGGGUAAUAAAGUGCCUCCUUUGUAGCUUGCUGGUUGACGAGCUUUAACUGGGGUACACAGCAAACGUUUCCAUCUGUCUCCACUGUACAGCCAGAUGUCUUAGCAGGGUGGAGAAAAUCGUUCAGACCAUCUUAGCUCACACGUCACAUUAUCAACAUCAUACGCCUUCAUAGGUGAAACAACUCCUUGAUGUAUAUACAUAUACACUUCAUUAGAUCGUCCAGCCUUUCCUCAAUGGACCUCCAGGUUAGUGAGGUAGCAGUUUCCUCCAUUCAACGUUCUUGUAGAGAGUCUAGGCCGUGUCCACGCAACCCUCUAAACAUUUUGCACACGUCACCUUUGUUGUCACUAAAUACAGAACUAUGCAAUAUGGUAUUGUGAGCACUCAAAAAUAAAUUUACUCUAUUUAAAAAAAACAAAAACACUUGUGAUUGCGAAAUAUCAGUCGCUACUUCUAACGUAUUUGGAGAAUAAAAUCACAAUUGCUUAGCUUCAUAAAAGAUAAAUAUAAACAAAGAUUUAGUUUUCCUUACUUUUUCAAGAGGGGAAGGGGACCUGUUGGGUAGUGAUGCUGUUGGUAGUGAGGACGGUUUCUAGGGAAUCUGGCCUCGUGAUGUUGAAUGUUUCAGUACAACGACCUGUGAUUUAAAAUGUUGACCUAGGAGAGUACAGUGUUGGAGUGUGUGUCCGCGUGUUGUGUUGUUUGUGAAAUCUCGGGGAGACGUGACUUGAGUACAUCUUUAUUUAAAAGGUAAAUAUAAAAGUGUUCAGAAGUUGCGGUCUAGAUCUGAGAGCAUGGAACAUGUAUCUUGUGACCUUUCACCUUCCGGCCAGGCCACGUGACAGCCAUGUGAUGUCAAGUCGUUUGAACUCUUGUUGAUCUGUUGUUGUUUAAUGUCAGGGUUGUUGGUUUAACAUGUAAUCUUACCAUCUGUUUGUGUAGAUGUUCGAGGGUAGUAACCUGUGUAUAGCAUCUCCCUUGUGUCCUGUCUGUAGAAACUUUGUCGUUGUGGAUAUUUAAAAAAAUCUUUUUCAAGUUGAGAUGCUUUUGAAGUAAGCAACAAUUUGCCAAUGGCUUACACACUUCUCUGAAAGUUAUUUCUAUAUAAAACUUUUUUUUUUACCCCUGAGGGUUUUUUUUUUUUUUUCAGUCAGAAAAAUUGUAAAAAUAGAAUUGAUGUAGCAUAAUUGUGUUUUUAUUUGACUACAGUAUGUGUGCUCACCAUGCUAGUAUUUUGAUUAUGUAUGUUUUUAUUCCAUUACUUACAUACUCAGAUAUUACAUAACCCCUAAAACAUUAGAUUGACACAUUAUACUGGCUGCAACCCGUUGUCAUGUAAUUUUUUUUUCUCGUAUGGUGUGACCACGUCCCAUCGGUUAUGUAUAGUUUGUAUACCAUGUGACGGUUGACUACAACUGUGUAACGCAUUUGCUGACUAUGUAGGGUUCACCUAUGGCGCUUACCUUUCUUUCUCUAUUGAUGCUUUUUUCUUAUUAUUAUUAUUAUUUGACUUGUGUGACAUGACUUAUGUGGAUACAAAAAUAUUCCAUAGCGACUUGAUAUUUUUUGUGGCAAUUUUUCAUAGGUUUUUUUUUUUUUUGGUUCUUUAAUUUGUUAUUGUCUGACUACCUUGCACGCUCAGAUUGUCACGUGAUGUGUGUAAACAGUAUUGUAGAGAAGAAACUGUUAUUUUGUCUUCCAGCCUUCCAAUCUUACUUUUAUAUAUUAAAGUGUCAACAAGCUUCACACGCGCUGGACACAUUUUUGUGUUGAAAAUAAGAAAUGAUCGCUCACACAACCAGUCCAGAUCGGUUGUUGGAGUUGUUUUUCAUCUUCUAUAUUUCAGAAUGAAGAUGUUACCUUGGUAACAACAGAAAUGAACGCACAGUACCUAUUCUUAGUCUCGCAGUUAAUCAGUCCUAAUUAGAGUUCCUUCCGGUCUGUCUGCAGAAGGAACUAGAAAUAGCAUAGACUGUGCUGAAAAUAGUAUUUAGACCGUUGCGGGCAAACAAUUUGAAGUAUUAAUAAUAUUAUUAUUAUUAUCGUCUUUGGAUCUAGAAGACAGGAAGGGGAGAGAAGUAAAAGUAUGCAGAGAAAGUUGCCAAUGUUCACGUGACCAGCGUGAGACAUUUCGCUUCGUGUUGUUCUCGUAUCCGCUGUGCACCUAGUCAAAUAUUCAAGCAUUUUCACGGCACUUCUCUCGAUAUUCCUGAAAGUAUCUCCUAAUUAUGUUAAUGUCAAUUAACGGCAGUUUCUGUGCUCACUUUCCGAACGCCAUUCUUUUCUUCUUUCUCGGGAACAUUCUUGGCGAGAGGUGCGCGUUUGAAUAACGAUACACAUCGAUAUUUUGUUCCCCAAAGAUUUAUGUCGCUUGAUGUAAGCAGAAAAGAAAACGUUUGUGUGAAGUAGUCUCGGGGUCUUGAGAUUAUUGUUUUGUUUUGUUUGGGGUUUUUUUCUUAGUUUGUUUGUUUGUUUUGUUUUGUUUUUGUUUUUUGUUUUUUUGUUACUUUUUGUUUGGUUGGUUUUUUUUUUUUUGUUUGGUUUUGUUUUUUGGUAUUUUUUUGUUUUUGUUUUUUGUUUCUUGUUUUAUUUUUGUCAAGUUUGUAGACUUCCUGGACAUUUCUGGAUUUUGUUUUGAACUGUGUUUAGCUUCUAGGUUGUGCUAGCUGACAUGGGGUUUGGUAAAUACUUCUCUUUGUCGAAGAAACUCCAGGCGUGGGGAUACAGAAGCGUUUGAAUUUCUGUGAAUUACUUAAUGUGUGAAAGUGUUCAUAAUUAUAUUUCGGAGGGUGAACUCGCAGACGAAAGCUUUUACCUCUCGACCUACUAGUAUACAUCCCUCCUCUUUCUAACCCCACUUUGUGAACAGCUGAAAAUACUCGUCUCCUUGUCACGUGUCUUGGCGAUGAUGAGUGAAAAGGAAAUGGGGACAACAGGUAGCGCCGCCUAGCUCCAUGUAGACCUCUCAGACCCCUGUCCUACUUUCUGAUUGCCUACCUGUUGUUCUUGUUAACGAUGGGAGUGGCUGACGAUGGGGUACAAUCGAAUUGCGUGCGACGUCCACGCAAUGUAACGUCACCUAUAAUCGAGACUUGCACGUGGGGGUGGGGAAUCUGGGACAGUUUGUCAAACGUGGUGGGGGUGGGGAUAGUGACGUCAAGUUGCACGUUGACGUGUAAAUGGCAUACGGAGUCAUGUUGUAGCCGCUACGUCACAGUUACGUUGCUGCGCCGAGAGCUGGUGGAAAGGCUGAGGUGUGGAGUAUGAGGUUAGGGAGACGAGGGCGCGAUGUGCGGCUGGGGCUGAGAGCUUGACUGUGCCACAUGAUUGACUUACCACUUCUGAGCCACACGUGACUAAAAUAACUUUCCGCUUUUUUCUUCUGUAAUCUCGCCCAGAGCUGAGCAGCGCUGACAGACAAGAAAUGUGUGACCAGUGCGGGAACUUGCUCGUCGUGAAUUAGUCGCAACAUCGUUAAAAAGACGUUCGCGUGAUUUUUUCUUCUUCUUCUUCUUUCGCGUGUGUGUGUGAGGAGAGAACAUUUCCAACGCCCUUAAAUAUUAAAAUGCA